AUGUACUGCAAAAACAUCGCACUCGCUCUGGCUGUGGCCACAGGCGUCAUUGCCCAGCGCCCUACCGACACUCCUAUCUGCGACUACUACACAACGGCGCUGUUGAAGAACAACACUGGCGCAAACCAAUACACGCUGCUCACGCUCUUGGUUAAUACUGUUGUUAUUGGAAACUACACAAUGCCGAACGUCGGUAUCAAGGUCGAUGGUAUCCUGGCACCUGGCAUGUACAACGGUAACGAGGUCAACCUACUCCCUUACUUCAACGGGGACUUGGCUUCAUCAAACCGAGGUGGCAGUUCCGGCGUGUCAGUCAACUUCCUGGAUGGCGGCGGUGCUGCGCCUCUGAUGAAGAACAUGCCCGCCAACGAUGAUACAUCCAAGCAAUACUUCCUCUUGACUCACCUGUACCAAUUCUUCGGUGCCCUCCUUGGCUGUUCUGAAUACGGCAUGACAGGCUUCCCCAAGUACAGCGGCUUUGCUUCCAUGUACGAGGUACACAAGUUCAUGGACUUGGACGAGAACGAGCUGGGUUACUUCAUCACCCAGGUUGCCAUGGCUGCUGCCUCUUUUGGUGUCGCUCAGGACGACCUCAAGGCAGUCGGUAUGGCUUUGAACCAACUCUUCGGCAUGCGCUGCAGCCAGCCUGCCACCGCCAUACCGGAGCAGGGCCCUCAGCUGCAGGCCAUCUGCAUCGAAGAUAGCUGCCCCAUCUCUACCAACUCUACCUGCGCCAGCUACCAGCCCGCCAUGGCCCCGAAGAAUGCAACUGCGACGGGAGGCAUGAAUGCCACCAUGACUGCAACCAUGACGGGAGCCACUAUGACCUCAACAAUGACUCCAAGCACGGUUCCAACGGCAGGUGCCGAUGUUCAGGGCGUCAGCUUGGCUCUCAUCGCCGGGCUGCUGGCCUGCCUCAUUUGA